CAGAUUAAACAGAUUAAAGUCUCCAAUCUACUCUUCAUAUCUGCAUUCUUGCAACUAGAGCACAAAGGUAAUCUACACUGGGGAGAAAGUACAAGGUAUCUGACCUUGUUGUUAUGGCCAGGCAACCUGUGAAUGUUUCAAUAUUGUUGGCUGUUAAAAUUUUAUUUUCCCAACAGUAUUGGUCAAUAUUGCACUUCUGAGCAUCCUGUGUUCAGUAAUGUUGGACCAACAUAUGAAGAGCUCACACAAUUUGUGAUUGUUCUGCUUGAAAAUCUGUUGUCUUUUACUAAGGAUAGUGCCACCUAAUGAUUCAAAGGUUUUGCUGAGUGGUUUGGGAUUUCAAAUUUUCUUUCUUUCUCUGUGCUACUUACAUAUUAUGCAAUGGCUUUAGGGGCCGUCAACAGGAUAUUGCCGUGUUAGGUCAAUUCUGUGUUGAAGUCAUUACUUCAAGCCUUUACCCAUACAAAAAAUGCCCCUGUAGAGUUAUUAAGAGGAUAUCAAACAAAUAUCAUCAUAAUGCACUUAACCAUAAAAUGUUUUGGUGGUUUUUGCAGGUAUAGCAUUAAAAGUUAAGAAAGUUUGCCAAAUUUUUUCAUGUUUUAAUCCAUGUCUGUCCUUUCAAGCCCUAGCAAAAGACAACUGGAAAUGGUGUCAAUGCCUUUAUAUAGUCUUAAAUAGCAAUAUCAAAACACUGGGCCAUUAUUUUUGGAAUUCUAGUGACGCAAAGACAUGUUUCAGCUUUUAAAAAGAUAGCAAAUAGCCUAACAUAUAUUGUAAGCUCCUUUAAAUAGGUACAGUGGAACCUCUAUUCAGGGGACACCCACGGGACCGAGGCAAGUGUUCCCAGAAUAGAGGUGUCCCCCGAAUGGAAAUUGGGCUGGGAUUUGUUAAUAAAAAUUAUUAACCAACAAAUAAAUUAAUACAAUUGAACUUUUCUUCAAUUGCCACCUUAGGGACAGAAGAAAGUGUCAGUUGAAGAGAAGUGGCAUUGUAGAUAGGUUUAAACAAGGGUCAAUGUAUGGACUGCCCGCCAAAAGAGUGGCCAUUUUAGAGAGGUGGCCACUAUUGGAGAUCCGGCUGUGUUUUUCUUUUAUUUUACCUCGGAAUCUGAUGCGGUCAUUAUUUUAGUCAAUUAAAUAAUGUUUAAAAAAUCAUGAUUAACUUAUCUCUGCAAUGUUGUUUGUUGAAUUCCAACAAGUGCAGUACAUUGUUUUUAAGUGAGAUAGUUCAUGUUUUGAAAGCUGUGGCCAUUGUGAGUUUUGAACACUUAAACUUUUCAACAAUUUUUGUGGUCAGUCACAUUUUGAGUGCCACAAUGUCCCCUGAAUGGAGGUUGAAUUUGGGUUUUGGGACCCACAAAAAGUGUCCCUUUCCCCAGAAUAGAAGUGUCCCUUCAAUAGAGGUAACAAAUACAAAGAUUAUGUGAACAUUUUUCCAGGUGCAAAUUUUGUGUCCCCUGAAUGGAGGUGUCCCUUGAAUAGAAAUGUCCCAAAGGAGAGCUUCCAGUCCACUGUACUAGCAUUUCAAUGUUAAUAUACAAGAUUUAAUGACAAAGUAACCUGUUCGCAGCAAUCAGCAAGAAAAGCACAUUUAAAUAAAUUCAUGCAGGAAAUUAGAGGUCAACCAAAGUAUUUUCUAAUUACAAUUUUCAUGCUUUAUUAUAAUUCAUUGCGUGGCCAAUACCCGUUGUUUAAGCUCAGGAUAAAAAAUGGUUGAAUUUGUAAUGGAUCAAAUUCAUUGCUUGGUUUUAAUUCUUUUUUCCUUUGUCUUUGGGUUUGAUAAUGUAUGAGAAUAUCGGAGAUAAAAUUUAAACCAAGAAUAAAAUUAAACCACAAAGUAUGCUGCGGAUGUACAGUAAGAUUACUCGCAUUAUAUAAUAACUCAGAGGGUCUACGUAUCAGUUACCGUCCUCAUUUGGUAAAAUUUCAGCCAGGAGGUCUUGUUUUCAUAGUUUCUUUUUUUGUUAUAUUAAGCCUAUUCCUGGUUUUGAGGAAGUUGCUCUCAGACUCUUGCUUUAAAAUUGAACCUAUCGUCGUUUGUUGAUGCGUAUUGUAAUUUUCAUUGCUCAUUCCUGGUUUUAGAAUAUCCUGAUGCACUAAAAUCGAAGCCAUCGUUUGGGCUAGCACUCAGAAGAACAACUGCUUCCAAUUCCUGUUUUGGUGCCGGGUCAAUUCGGUUAAACUUCCCCAACUUGCACAGGAUCACAGUUUUUUAGAAACUAGCCUCUUAAUCUAAACGAUGAAAAACAUGAAACGCUUUUCAGUUUCAGUCCAAAAACUCAAAAUUUUCUCCUGUCUCAAGUUUGAAAGUUUAGGUUCAAGUUGGCGCUUUUCCCUAUCAGACAAUUCUUCUGUCAUUAUCUGAACUUAGCAGAGUUAAACCCUCUUUACCUAUAUUGGAACAAUUUUCCAUUCAUAAAAUUUUCCGCUUUCAUCUUACACGGGGUCGGCUUGGCAGAACAUCGUAUGGACGUGAUAUUUUUAUUUUUUAAGCCCCGGCGCGGAAAAUAAAACCGACAUCUAUGAGGGAAAGCCUUAAAUAUUUUAUUUGUGGCGUAAUUAUCUUUAACUGGAAGGACAAGAUACGCGGCUGUUUUCCAUAUGCAGACAGGUUGUUUGAAGCAAAAGCACUGCCACUUUGAUUUUGAUAGACCAAAGUCUAGGCUAAAAUCCUACAAUUCAUUGCAUUUGAAUGAAGAAAUCCCGACCGACGUCUAUGUCCAAAUUUUUCGUACAAAGACCAUUGGUUGAAAGCUGACUUUGAUGAACAUUUCUUCAAUGUGUCAGAGUAUUCUCUAUGGGCCAAAAUUUGGUUUAUAGAGACAACAUCUCAGGUAUUUCUCGACUCGCGACUUAACUAUGCGGCUAUUUUGUAGGCUAAACUGCCAUUCGAAAAAUGUCACUUUUCGUUAAAUACAGCAUGGAUGUUGACAUGAUAACUUAGUAAACACCCUGGGUGUGAUAGAGUUACACAAACCUUUCCAUGCCACAAAAACGAAUUUCCAGCCAGGAUGUUGGCUAGCUAGUCUAAGAUCUAGCUACUCUUACCGGUGAGAUAAAAGAAUCGUAGAUCAAGAUUUAGUCGAGUCAGCCCAGCUUCCAACGUGACCCGGAAAAUCAAAAAGGUGUCUUGUUUUCGGAAGAGAAAUUUUAAGACGGAAUCCAACAGGAAAUUGAGUAGUUUUAAUUUUAAGUGGACAAAAACCUUUUACUAGAAUAAUUUGAGGAAUAUUGCAUUCUUUUUAACAUUUUUUAAGGGCUAUAGAUGUAAUUAGUCAUCUGUAAUAACACCAAAGAAAAUUUCUUAUGGGAGCCCGAGAAAAUAAAUGUCAAACUUCACAAAAUGACAUCUGCAGUCAAGGAGGUUUCAUUUGACAUGAUCGUCAUCACUCUGGCGGUAAAAGUGCAGUUCAAGAAUGGCCGUUUUUAUGCUAAGGACGCAUUAUCCGUCUGGACAAACUUGGGCAAACAUUUGUUGUUCUCAUGGUUAUGCGUCUCAAGUAUAAAGACGGGCAUACGUAUUAUGCGUCUGGACGAACUUUCCUUCGAAAUAACGAGUCAGAACGACGCGCUACGAACGGUAGUUCGUUUGGACGCAUAAUGCGUCUUGUGCCCAUCUUUAUACUAGAGACGCAUAACCAGACGAACUACAAAAUGUUUGCCCAAGUUCGUCCAGACCUUAGUAUAAAAACGGCCAAUUACUCGCACCGAGUAAGAUCAGAAAUCCCUGCAUCUGAUUGGCUAGAACACAAGUUCUGGCCAAUCAGAAGCAGAGAUUUCAAAUUCUUCCCCAAAAUCUGACCCCUUGUUUCAUAAUUCAAGGUUCUAUUGGCAUCUUCAACUCCCGAAGACGCAAUCCAUCGGAAAUUGAGUAAUUUUAAUUUUCAGUUGACAAAAACCUUGUACCAGAAUAAUUUAAAGCAUAUUGCAUUCUUUGUUACAUUUUUUCAAGGGCUAAAGAUGUUAUGAGUCAUCUGUAGUAACACCAAAGAAAAUUUCUUGUGGGAGCCCGAGAAAACGAAUGUCAAAUUUCACAAAAUUACACCUUACACAUGAAAUUUUCAGAAUUUUACCUGUGUUUUCACAAUUCUUGUGAAAUUUGACAUUCAUUUUCUUAGACUUCCAUGGGAAAUUGUCUUUGGUGUUCUUACAGACGACUAAUUACAUCUUUAGUCCUUGAAAAAUGUAAAAAAGAAUACAAUAUUCUUUAAAUAAUUCUGGUAUACAAGGUUUUUGUCCACUGAAAAUUAAAAUUUCUCAAUUUGCUAGUGGAUUCCAUCUUAAUGUGGCAUGUUUAAUUUUUCACUUAAGUAAACCACUUUCUAUCAGGUGGUUUGUAUUUAUAACUGGAGAGCACAACGUACGUGGCCGUUUUUCUCCUUCUUCCUCUUAUUUUAAUUGUGCCCACUGUAAUAUUUAUCCUUUCGGUUUAUAUUAAAACUAGUAUAGUUCACACUAUAUCUGCCCCUAAUUUCCCCCUUCUGUGAGCCUUUUGAAACACUUCAACUUCUCUUCCGAAAACAAGAUACCUUUUUUAUUUCCGGGUCACGUUCGAAGCUGUGCUGACUCGACUCCAUCCUGAUCUCAAUUUUUAUCACAUCGGUAAGAGUGGCUAGUAGCCAACCUGCUGGAUGGAAAGUCGUUUUUGUGGCAUAGAAAUUUAGAAAGGUUUGUGAAACUCUAUCACGCCCAGGGUGUUUACCUAGUUGUCACGUUGGUUUACCAAAAGUGGCAUUUUUCGAAUGAGAAGGUUAGCCUUCAAAAUAGGCGCAUGAUGAGUCGCGAGUCACGAAGUACCAGAUAUGUUGUCUCUAUAAACCAAAUUUUGGCCCAUGGAGGAUACUUUGAUACGUUGAAGAAAUGUUCGUCUAAGUCAGCUUUCAAACAAUGGUUUCUGUGCGAAAAAUUGAAUAUAGACGUCGGCCGAGAUAUCUUCAUUCAAAUGCAAUGAAUUGUAGGAUUUUAGCCUGGACUUUGGUCUAUCAAAAUCAAAGUGCUUUUGCUUCAAACAACCUGUCUGCAUAUGGAUUCAAUAUUUUUUUCGUUCGCAGUGACUUUCAGUGUGAAAAGUGAUCUUCAGAACAAGAAAAUUUUAAUACAUAAGUUUACUUCGUAAGGUUGGCUUAAUUGGGACAAACAUUUAUUACGGAACGACUUGUUAUAGAACUAUGUCAAAGCACUUGAAGAAUUAAGUGCAAAUGAUAGGAAAUCCGUAAAUAUCCACAAACAAGUUAUUUUUAAGGGCAAGUGGUUUGCUAAUUUUCCGUGCACCGAAUAACCAGGGCGAAUAACCCUUAAAAGGCGCCAUAUCGAUGAGGACUGCCCUUAUUACCCAAGCUUGGCGUUGCACAUCUUAUCGGUCUCCAGACAGUCGAAGCCAUUUUUGCCCCUACUCGAUUCUGAAACGGUUCAUUGAAAUUCUUCACUGGUUGAUGGUAUUUAUUCUUUGCUUUCCAUUUUCUUAACAUUGAGAGAAUUAAAAUAUCUUGACUGAAGGUCUCUAUGUUUUUAUUUUUCAGACCUGAAGCAUGGUUCGUUUCUACGUGUGAGGGCUCGAUUGCACUACGCUUGCUGCAGAAAGUUAUCAGGUGAGUGCUCUGAAAAUCCUUUCAUAUCUAUUCCUUGAAAGCUAAAACCACGAUAAAGCUUUACAUCUGAAGGACUAGUUCAAUAGUACAUGUUGAGUGCGUCUAAACGAUAUUAAAGAAUUAUUGAAGUAAUUAAGGAAGCUUAUGUAGAGCUAGCGGUUGCCCACAUAACCCAGCCAAAGUUUUAGUUACAUUGUUUUCAGAGAGUGGAACAAUGCACUAGAAGUCGUACAAAUCUUCCGUCCUUCUACCGAGCUUUUUCCGUAAUCAAGGUGAAUGGAAAAUUUAAAAAUCCCUUGCCUGGCCCGUUGACGGCAAGCUCUUGCUGAAAUUUACUUGCCCGCACACUCUUACAUGCCUAUCAACCCCCCCUUUCCCUAACAUUUACAUUAUCUCGGCAAAUACCAAUUCAUAAUUAAACAUGCUAGUCCGACGGGUUGCCCAAAUCCCUGGGGAGUGGUACGCAACAAGGUUUUAUACGGGGAGUCUCGGCCCCGUGGUCCAACCCCUACCCUCUUAUAUAGCAUUGACAGUAAAGAAACCCCUAUCGUUUACCUUCCAUUGCCAAAUGGUACUCCUUACACAAACCUAGUUUAAAACUUUACAUCCUUUUUAACUGCUAUAAAUUCACUGUCUUUUAAAUAUGAAUAAAACACAAAACCAGAAACGUUUCUCGACUCACUUUUUACACCCGUAAAAUACUUCUGUAGCCCUUUUAGGUCAUUUUACAGACCAAAAAGGUACCCCUUUCUGGCGGAGCCUUCUCCAUGUAGGCCGUUAUAGGGGUGUCCUCAGGGCUGCAUAACCCCUGGGGUAUCGGACAGCACCUGCCGUUUAAAAUUAAUUGGGUAAAAUUUUUGCACAUUUCUUAAAGAAAAGAACAACUUACGUUAAAUUUUGUGUAGAGUUUGACCAGGUAAAGUUGAGGAAAUUUUUUUAAAAAAAGUUUUAGUUAUAAUUUACUUUUCUUUUGUAAUUUUAAACCGUUUGGAAACGACUAUUUUUGUCAGUUUUGGUGUACUUUGUUUCAAAAACUCUUCGCACGUUUAGACUUCGUAAGAUUAAUUGUGUGACUUCUCAACUUGGCGGCUUAGAAUAGUCCCAGAUUGGAAUUCUUUAACCUUCCAGUUCUCCAUGCAUUUCUUCCGGCUGUUUUGUUAAGAUGGAAAGGGGUUGGCGUUUAUUUAGUACAUUUUUGUUGCUACAACAUCCGCGCUUAAACCUAAAACGGCGCUUAAAGAGUAUUCCGCCUAUUUUUAGAAGUGCUUUGACCCUUUGUUCUUCCAGUUCGAUCAAAACUAUUCAUAAUUGAAGACUACAAUCCAAACUUUCGUUUUGGACGAUACUGAAAAAGCAAAGGCACUAGCUGAAAGCACUGCCAAAGUGGUUCACAUUAUUGGACUCAAAAUUUAUGAAAAGUAAAUAUGGCUCAAUAAAUAAUUCUUGGAGUGUCAGAAGUCCAAAGGACGCUGAUGAUUUUUACUUUGAUGAUAAAGCCAAACAUCAUGAUACAGCUCUGAAAUUUCUCUUCUAGAGCUAGUUGAGUAGAAAAACAGUGUGUUUGUCCACGGAUGACAAGGAAGAUUGUUCUCUAAAACUGUUACAGAUUAUUGUUCAUCUGGUUUUUUCGGCCGUAAUUUCCUUCGAGAACACCAGCGAUGUUGAUCCUUUUAAUGGAAUUCUAACAAAUUUUUUUCGGAAUUCUUUUAAUGUUGUUUUCUCAAAACCCAUGUAUUAUUUUUGUUGCAAGGGCUAGUACUUAGCUUAAAUUGUAGGAAAUUUUGAGUGAAUACUUAAAUCGGAACUAACAUCUUUAUCGGCUUUGAGAAAUCGCCCGUAUAUGUGUGUUAACAGUUACUUUUCGCUUAUUUUGAGAUCAUUACAAGAACUCAAGCCAUGAACAAAAAAGUUUUUGCCGGGCUUAAAAGAAAUUAAAUGACGUACUGUUAUUUUUUAUAAUAAUGGUGAUCUUGAACCGAUCGGUCCAUCCCUGGAGUUUAAGAGCAAUUACGUCAGUUCAUCUUGCCAGCGACAUUUCCCUUGGAUCAAAUUUUGUGUCAUAAUCUGAAAAUCCUGAAACAGUUUGGUUGAUAAGUUUUGAUCGAGGAAGUGUUUCGAGAAUUAGUAUGUUCCGGUAAUGAUAUUCUUUCUCGUCUUUUUUGUCGUGAAAAAUUCCCUUUCCUCUUUUUAAAAUAAUGCUGAGUGUUUAUCUUAAGUGAGAAACUGAGAAGUCACUGUCGACUACACAACAAUCAGAUUGUUAUCUCUAUGGGUUUAUGUGUGUUUACAAUUAUAGCAACACACAUGAACCUACUUAUACUUGCAUGGAAAUCACCGCUGAGCUACAAGGAACUUAAAAGUAAAGUAAAUAUACUCUCUCAGUCGCUUCCUUGUUUCGACUCAUCGACGCUUUUAGCGUCCGCCGUCUUCUGUCACAGGCAUGAAACACGUGUAUGUGGGAGGCCCAGAUGACCUCAGUUAAAACUCAAAUUUUUAAGAAUAAAGAGCAUUAAGUAGUAUUGAAACGAAAACGACAGAACGGGAGGAAUUGACUUAACAGACUUUGUGGAGGUAAGGUUAAUCAAGGCUGUUAAGCCACAAUUUAAUUUCACUUUGCGAAGAAACAAUGCAAGAGCUAACAGCGGAAGUAAUUGUUUCCUUACACAUACAACGGUCCGCUUCUCUUGUUGAUUAUAUCGCUGCGCUUCUUUGUUUCCUGUUCUGCGGUAGAUGUCCUGCUUCGCUUCCAAAUUAAGUAUUUUUUUUACUCGUACAACUCAAGCCAAGACUAAUGAAAUUUUUUUUUGGCGUAAACAAUCAAUUUAAGCUCAAUUUUUGCAAGUAACUUCCGCUGCAAGUCUUCGAAUCAGUUCGUUCAAAACCGAUGGGAUCUCGGCGUUGGCAUCUUAUGCAAAGAAAAAAUCUUACGAAGUCACUGGAUGUUUCACGAAGCUGCUGGGAGGUGGCCUGUUUUCAACGAACCGAUUCGCCGACUAGCAGCGGAUCGCAGCGGAAGUUACAAAAGAUUGAGCUUACAGGAGCCAUGUCUUUAAAAUAAUAAAACCUCAUUGGAAUCAAAUAAUACUAAAUCUGUUUCAGUCAGUUUAAAAUAGACCUUGUCACGUUUUUCGACGCCAUCUUGACGAGUAGUUAAACGGUGAGAAAUUACAGUGUUUGUAUGAGAAUCUAAUGUCGAAUAAUUUCCGUAAAAUGGCUGUUCUGAAAAAAAUAUCAAUCGUAAACUAAAGCUACAAAGAAAAGGAUUGUCCUAAAACAUUUUGGGGGCGUACAUGUGCUUAAAUUUCUCCAGAGGCUUGUUUUAGAUUUUCCAUAUAUUUGUCUGUAAUUUUCCUGGGACUUUCUUACUGACAAAUGUAUAGGAAAUUUAAAAAGUGGUUCUCGGUCUUCUAGUGCAUGUAACGCCCUCAGAUUUUUUCAGUAGAAUCCUUUGGACUGAAGCUUCAGUCUACAAAUCAUAUUUUUUCAGAACAGCCGUUCUACGGAAAUUAUUCAAAAUUUGAUUCUCAUGCAAACACUCUAAUUUCUCACGCGUUGGCCUACUCGUCAAGAUGGCGUCGAAAACCGUGACAUGGUCUAUUACUCUCCUACUAUGCUUCAACUGUAAUUCAGUGCAUCUCAUUGGCUGGUUUUCGCUGGCCAGGAUGAAAACGGAUCGCAGCUUGAAAAAAAUGGGUCAAUUUUGCUUUUUCAAGUUAAACUUCUGUGGAGUCGAAAAAUGCCCAUAAAGCGAUCAAUGUUUUCCUUUUUUAUAGAACCAUUCGAUAUAUCUUUCAUUAAGAGUUCCAGCCAAGUAUGUCAAAAGAAAAAAAACAAAAAAAAAAACGUGGAACACACUGUGUAAUAGCCCCUUCAAAUUGCUGGAUGCGCUCAAACAGUUUGACUGAGUUUUGGCUUGAGUUGUUUGAGUUAAAGAAAAAGUGCAGUGAACUCAUUGGAAGACAUAGAUGAACUCGGUAGAUUCAACAGCCUGUUAACAGGUUGUUUUGUGGAGGGUAUAUAAAACUAAGAGAAGGCUAGAUAGAAGUGAAUUGAAGAUUGUUGCUUACUGGCUUUUAUAUAAAUAUUAAAGCUAAGUGUUCAGAUUCCACGCAAGAACUUUUGUCAUUUUCAGCAUAAUCGCACAAGAUGGUUACAUAUACUUUUAUAUCCUCUGAUUUAUUUGAAUGUCAACCAUCUGCCUGUUCAAUAUUAACGAUAGUACCACAGUGUGGCAAAUGUAAAUUUUCACUGUCUUCACCCGCAGAAUCCAAAUUUAGACUAAGGGGAUCAAAUAAAGACUUAUAUAGCCGGUGGGCUUAUAUAAUGAAAAGAUAACCUUUCUGACCCACAAAACUGAUGCCUGAACCAAAGUGGAUAGCAACCACACAUUUUAUAAUGCGCAUUGUCACUGUUUGUAGCCUCAGUUAUCUGAAGGUGAACCCGUUCAUUUUUUGAGAAGCGUUGAACAACAUGCUAUAGAUUCUCUUCCAGUUUUGUCGCCAAAGGCUAGACUACAACAAUAUUGUGGAGGCUUCUUACAGUUUUCUUUUCACAUGAUAUCAUAUUCCGCCCUAUAUUUUCAAACUCGUCUUCCCAACCACCUCCCCCGCUAGUUGGAAGGUUGCUUAGCGCCGAACGAAGGAAGUUACUUCUACGGCACGUGCCAUCUCGGUCACUGUUCUAUCACAGCGUGGGAUAGACUGACUGAGUAAUUGCAUGCUCGUACCACGUGGGUAUUCAUAAAUGGUGUUACGUUUAUUAGUCAUAACCGUAGUUAAUUCCCAGCCAUAACAAUAAAUACCUCAAUUGAAGUAACCGAGUAACCGUUCCCUAGUGUCGUAAAAAAAUUGAAUCACAGUUACGAAACAAAAUCUAAAACUGAAAAUAAUUCCAUCCAGGUUGGGUCUGAACUUAGUACCAACUGCAAUUCAGAAUUCGUCUUGAUUUAUUAAGGCGAAGAAGAAAAAUAUGAAAUUUGAAACAACCACGCUUAUCACUUGUCUUGUUCGAGGAAAUGCAGCUACUCUGUACAGCUGUUUCACCUUUUGCGGUAUACCGAUGGGCACGCAACGUCGACGUUUUUUUUACAGACCGUGCUGGCUUAGUUAAAUUGAAGCUCAUCACAGCUUAGCUUAGCUACGCCAGCAGUCUCGGAAGCAACUAUCCCGUCCGGUUUUUAUAUUCGCAAAAUGCCUUAGGGCCUUUUUCAAACUUCAAAGCGAAUUCUUGACGGAUUGUGUUGUAGACAGGAAAGGAAGUUGCUUCUUUUAAUCACAUUUUUCCCUCGGUGGGAAUUUCUUUUAACACUGUGUAGGUGUUUGGUUUCCCGAAAACAAGGAAGUUACAAGGCAAGCUUUUUAUACAAUUUUUUUCGACUCAAAAAAUCAAGAUAAUAUAUAACAUUGUUUCAGAUACGUCGCACGGUUAUUUGAUAUACCUUCAUUUUUUACUUGCGUAAGAUGAAUGGAUUUUUCUACCUGAAUUUGUGGUAACUUACCCCAUUUUAUAUUAAACACCUGCCUUCAUGGCCAGACUUCCCUUUCGCGUUGGUUCCUUUCUGUUCCUGCUUUCUUAGUUUGAUUCCUAAUUACAUCUUCAGUAGGCCUUAGCAAUAUAAUUAAAUUCCGACAACUACACGCAGAGUUUUCCAAUGGUAAGUGCGUUUAAUUGUGUUAUCCUUACCUUAUCUCCACGACUUAAGGUGCUUCGGAAAUAGAUGCCAAACUCAUACUUGCUCACAUCCCCUGUUCGUCGCUCAUGCAGCGCUACACAGAGCGCUGCAAAAUUGUUAAGUUGCUUUCGAAUUGGGAUAAGUUAUUUUGGCGCGAAACCUCACACACAUUGUUAAAAUUCUCUGAUUUACAAUUUAGAGUCGUGGCGGACUACAGGCUUCCAACUCAUCUGAUCAAACAUUCAGAGGUGGAUUUUUUUUUAACAUCCUUGUAAAACUAGUUGAGUUGCAUGUUGGUGCAUCAAAUGUCUUAGGUCUAAAAUCGCGGAAAAUUGAUACGUUGUGUGUGCCACAUUCUCUCCUGAUAAACUACUCACGGCAGAAACUCGUGAUACAACAAAAGAAUAAGUAUUGAAGAAAGGUCAAUAAUGCAGUACUGUUUCAGAAAUCGUAGAAAUUAAAUAUAUUAAGGAGAAUUAUAAGCAAAAAAGUUAGUGUUUACUCAUCUGCAUCAUUUAGCGCCCCUUGCCUUCUAAUACGAAAUAUUUUUUCCCGGUUCGUGAAGUAUACGAUAACAGUGGCACUCCACAAGGGCUACGGACCCCUGAGUUUCAGUUAUUCCUGAUCCGGAAGGUCAAAAAAGGCUUUUGUUUUCUUCUCGAGAGUAUAGCAAAACUUUUGAAACCGCCGCGUAAGAUUUAUUGAACUUCCCUCCAAAUUUGAGGGUCGCUAAAAGAGGUACAAUCAACCUAGCUCCAUUUACAAAUUAAGGUAACCACCCUUUUUUUAGGGAUAAUUAAGCCGAGAUUGAAAAGCUUGAAUGUAUAUAGCAGUGGCUAGUAAUUUUCACAAAGUGGAAGUUAAUUCGGUCUUGAUUCGGUCUUGCAAGACUGCAUCGUUAUCCCAGUUCCUUUUUAGACCUCUUCGGCCGUUGUUGUGAUCUCCUUACCACAAUGUAAAGUAAAACUACAUUUGUUGCAAAGCCCGGAUGAUCGGCAUCCCGGAUGCCGGCCUCACUCUUGUCUGGUUAUUUCACUUGGACUCCGGAUCGAUUGAUCGGGCUUCGAGACCUGCCGGGGUCAUCGUGUUGUGUUAACGUACAAGAUGAAAGUGAAAAGUGAUCAUCGCAGUAAAUUUUCCAAUUUAAGCAAUUGGAAAGAAGAGGCCUGAAAAAAAAAAUCAAUUCAAAAAUGAAUUAUUUCAUAUAUACUUCACAUCAAUGUACAAGAUACUAAUGAUCUUUGAAUUCGAGGACGGGGACGAGAUUUUUAUUUGACUUAACACUUAGAAGACGUAUUUAUUGGUCAAGAAGCUGUAAUUUUGUCAUUUACGAGUAGCUUCUUUGCUAGCGUUAAGUUCCAUAUUGGAACAGCCACGACACAGCCGCUUUAAAGAGGCUGUGGUACGGUUGUCUAGUUCAAUUUGCUUACAUCACAUGUCCUUAGGAAUGCAACUUAACGUUGGCGACGAAAUUUCCGGCAAAUUGUAAAAUCCGGCACAGCUCCAUAUCACACCAAGUUGUCUUCCAAGCGGUAAAUCAAACGUUGUAGACAGCAAAAAUGAACUUUCAAAACCUGUUAGGCUAACAAGUUUUUAAGAUAAUCACAAUUUUCAAUCCGUUUUUAUCUUCUUCAAGUUUGUCCAUCCGGGCUUCCCAGUCGUUUUGCAUUUGCUGUCUUGUUAAUAUACCUUUUUAUGUUUUUAGCUGUUAUUAUUAUGUAAUCACUCAAUUUGGUGGCUGCUCCUACUGUUUGAAAUUUGAUGAAUGUCGUGACAGAGCCCCUCUAAGCAAAUUAUUCAUCACAAAAUAUCUCGAACACUUUGCUCCUCUGUCUAUUUAACAAUUCAUUAACUGAGGCUGAGUAGGAUGUGAAGAAUUAUGCAGAUCGAGGACGAUGUUAUCCACCGAGAUCUGCCUAAUUCUUCACAUCGUACGACAGCCGAAUUCAAUAAUUGUUUUAUUAUUCAUUCAAAGUAUUUGUAAGUUCUUAACAUGCUUACCUCUUCGUAAACUUUCUUCAAAACUUUGGCCUAUUUCUCGGCACGCUUUCAGGAUAUAAACAGAUGUUUUAUCUUGCAGAUACUCCUCAAAGUGUAUAAGAUCCAUCAAGCAAAAUGGUUUGCGCAUUCUUGCAUUUCUUCCAUUUAGUUUAAGUUAGAAGUUCAGCUUUUUCGUCUUCGAAUAGCCGUGAAUGCCAUUGUUUAGUUCACUAUUGCCCAAGCAGCCUCGUUUCCGAUCUAAUAUAUCAUCGAUCAGCCUCGUUUCCAAUAAAAUAUACCAUCGAAUCGAUUGUAUAUUGCUCACAUCUUCCAAAUAUGGUAAUCGCCCAUUGGUUCUGAAGAAUUAGCCGGGGAAUUGAAGCUAAUCAGAAUCGGCGAAAUAUUUUGAAUGAAUAUCACCUAAAACUCCUUGCUAGACAACAACAAAUGAAAUCAGUUUUUCAGUCUCAACAUGGAGGAACAAAACGCCAGUCUGUUCUUCCUCUGUCUCCUUCCCAAACUUGCUUUUAAAAAAACCCCUUGAGGGAAAAAGUGGAGGAUUUACGUAUAAAUGGCGGUUUUAUAGCAAACCACCAUGGGCCACAUUGUUCUAAUUUUUUUGGUAAUAAUGUACAAUAAAAUGUCCCUUUAAUUUCGUGUGGUAAGGGCUCCCGAGGAAACAGCUGAAUCACUACACCUGUUUAGACAGAAGAACUUUCAAAGAGGCCAAGUUUAUCCCUUGAAUUUGAAGGUUCUCCACUUCAUGAAACAGGGGCACCCAACGUCAAUUUUCGGAAAAUAUCUGUUCGGCAGACGAUUUGAGAUUUAGAAAUUUCGGAACAUUUGUUGUAAAAUUUCUUGCUUGCCUGCCUCUCCUAGGAUUUUCGAACUUCGAAAAAAUAGUAUAAUUGCCCAUUUUUAACGGAUUUUUACCCUAAAAAGGUCACCUAGAAUUUUCGGGAGCCUUUUUUCUGGCUGAAAUUUUCGAAAGGGUAAGUUUUGAUCCCUAUAAUUUUCGGAUCACUAGACUUUCAGCUAGGAAAUCCGAAUAGGUGAAAAAUUUUAGGGGAUAAAAAUAUGCCUUUAUCUACCGUUUCACUACUAAAAUACGUUUAACAAUACUCAGUUUAAGUGGUUUUGAACUAUAUUCUCGUUGGGUGCCCCUGAUGAAAGCAGGAUACGGUCGACGCACGAUUACCCAAACCGUCGGGCUAACUCGAGCCAAAUCGAUUUCCCCUUACCCUGACCUCCUGGGGCAUACAAAAUAAACCAACUACGCGACUGACAAGCCACGCAAACGAUUUCGUUAACGCUAAAAGCCAUGCGAGAGAGAAACCUCUGCUUUCAGGUUAAUUUCCCUUGGAUUUCCUACAUUAUACGUUUACUGUAAUUGUAUCCCCGGCUUGACUCGAACUUCCCGCGAAAUAGAACCUCCCGCUAACUCGAAGUAAAUUUUUGUUUCCUUUCAGAUCAUUUCUCAGUUUAUAAUUAUUACCCUCGACAACUCGAACCAUGUUUUAAGCGCUUUACAAUCAGUCGAAAAGAAACAACAAAUGAUCUGCAGGCCAAAACAUUGAAUUUGUUUCAGACGAAGCGUGUGUUCUUUGUCUUUACGUUUUUGUUAGCCCGGCCCUGUGUAUAAAUCACGGCUUUGUUGCUUUUUUCAGUCCUUUUUGAAAAUAAUAUAUAGAUUUAGCCAGGGCUAAAAGCGAAGCCUCCGUUUCUAUACUUAUGAUAAAAGCAAUCACACUAAAGUAAUAACAUGAACUCUAAGCCAAAAAAAAGAAAUCUUCAUAUCCCCAAGAGCCUUCGGCAUCAGACACCUUUAGAGGAAGGGGCUAAAUGAUUAGGAAAAAAUAUCCCGCAAACAAACCUGAAUUGAAAAAAUUGUUAAAUUGUGUCUCUUAGUAGCAGCAAUUUACAGGUUACGAUUUCUAGGGUCGGUGUGUCUGUGUUUGAGGGAAGACCUAAAAGGAAAAUCAGGCCGACUUCAAGGACUUUUGUCUUCCCGUAAGCAUAUUACAUUUUCUUUUCUUUUCUUUUUUUUUUUAAACGGGCCCGGACGAACAGUUAUGUGUAGCCUUUACAUUUAUACCUCACAAUAUCUGAAAGAAAAUUUUACCGUAAGGUCUAUAAUAUUUUCUCUGAGGACAGACAUAGAAAGCAAACUAUAACCUUUUUCGCUACUAAUAACUAUAAUCCAAUCUUUCACUACAAAUAUAAACUUAAUACAGCAGCUUACAACUUUUUUCAUUAAGAAAAAAAAAAGACAAACUCGAGCUCGAAAAGCCGACGAGUCUGUCCAUUUUAGAAUAGAGGAGAACUCUUUCAUUUUUUACAUAAGCUCACAUUUUCAGUGAGAAUAUAAAGCCGUAAACAAUUGCAAACAACUGAAAACAAACGCAGUGAACUUAAUGCAAGCGGUAUUCAGCUGUAAUCAGGGCACAAGUUAUAGAAAAAGAGCAGCACGCUGCACACUGCAAAACUGCAGAAAUUCUUGAAUUCUACACACUGCAAAAUUCUUGAAUAGCAAGUAGUGAAUGGGAAAAUGAAUAGCAAUUCAAUGCGGAACAUGUGAAAAACAACACUUCAGUUUUAAUUCAAGAAAGGGCCCGUCUGAAUGUUUCUAAAAAUCUCACGAUCUGUAGUCUCCUGGUCGUUUAUUGAGAUAAUGUUAUAAAUGAACAAUGACAGAUAAAUAACUUAAUUUCUUGAAAAUUUUUAUUCAAAAACCCAUAAGUUAAUCCAAAAAGCAAUUCGCGUAAGGCAAGUUAAAUCGUUGCGUUCACCCAAGUUACAUCGGUAGAGCACAUGGCAAAAAAUCAAUUUGAAACGCACAUUUUGUGGUUUUUCUUUCACGCCGAUGUCAAAACUUUAGAAAACCGUCCAUGAAACCCUUAAAAUAGAAAAAUUCCCUUUUAAAAACGUACUUUUCUUUGAUCAUAGAGUACGGAAUGUACCUUAAGUGUCUUCAGAAACCUCGCUCCCUUGUUGGUUCAAAACAAGCCAAGCCCUCCGAUCCGUAG